AUGCGUCAGCAGUUGCUCGAGGUUUUAAGAGAUACUGAUAGAGUUCUAGUUAUGGAUGGUGGUCAAGGGACCGAGUUGGAGAACAGAGGUAUGAACAUCAGUGGUCCCAUUUGGUCAACAGUCCCGUUUACUAAGGAAGAAUUCUGGAAUUUUGAUCAACCCUAUACUGAUAGAGAUGUUGUGAAUUCUAUGUUUAAGGCCUAUGUUGAUGCAGGUGCUCAAUUGCUAUCUACAGUGACCUACCAGACGAGUUACAAGACUAUCUGUGCUCAUACAGAUAUCCACACGAGGACACAGUACGAUCAACUACUGGACAGAAUUGUUGGAUUUUGUCGUCGCUGCAUUGGGGAUGAUCAUUAUUUAGUCGGUAGUAUCGGACCCUAUGCUGCACAUGUGGGGGCAGAAUAUACAGGUGAUUACGGUCCGAAACCUGAGGAAAUCGACUACUGGCAGUAUUUCGAGCCACAGGUGGCUAACUUCAAUCGUAAUGAAACCAUCGACAUUAUAGGACUAGAAACGGUCCCAAACGUGCAUGAAUUAAAAUCAAUCUUAUCGUGGGACGAAACCAAGAUCAGUAAACCAUUUUAUGUGAGUCUUUGCGUGGGUGAUGACGGUAACCUACGUGAUGGUACUCCAUUAGAGCAACUAGUGCCGUUGUUUGCAAACAGAUCCAAUAAGAAUCUGCUGCUCGUGGGGAUCAAUUGCUGUAGUUUAUCCGUAUCAUCGCAAGCACUAUCCCAUCUUAACGAAAUUUUGGCAUCAACACCAAUGGGUCUACUGGUAUACCCAAACAGCGGUGAGAUUUAUGAUCACAAGACUCAGACGUGGUCCAGGCCAACAGGCUUAGAUUCUCAUAGGUUGUCAUGGCCAUCGCUAGUACAAGAGUAUAGGAAAUUUGGAGCCCGCGCUAUCGGUGGAUGCUGCAGAACAACUCCAUUAGACAUUCAAGAAAUCUGUAAAGUUGUAGACCGCAAUUAG